GCAACGACGAGACGGUGCGCCAAGUGUCGGCGGCCGGAGGCGAGUGCUGGGCCUACACCGUCGACCUCUGCGACCGCCACUCCAUCUACAAGGUCGCCGCCAGGGUCAAGGAGGAGGUUGGCAAGGUGGACAUCCUGGUGAACAACGCCGGCAUCGUGACGGGCAGGAACUUCAUCGACUCGCCCGACGAACUCAUCCAGAAGACGUUCGAAGUCAACAUCAUGAGUCACUUCUGGACCACCAAGGCCUUUCUCCCUGAUAUGAUUUCCGCCAACAAGGGUCAUGUGGUCACUGUGGCCUCUCUGGCUGGCCUCUCUGGGGUCAACAAGCUUGCCGACUACUGCGCCUCCAAGUUUGCUGCCGUGGGCUUUGACGAGAGUCUGCGGCUCGAGUUGCUGGUUGAAGGACAUAAAGGUGUCCACACUACAGUUGUGUGUCCUUACUAUAUUAGCACUGGAAUGUUUGAUGGAGUUAAAUCAAAGUUGAUCCCAAUCUUAAAACCGGAGUAUGUUGCCUCUGAGACAAUAGAUGGCAUCUUGCUAAACCGUUACACAGUCAUCCUGCCUUCCUUCUGCCGAUUCAUGAUUCUUUUGAAAUACAUCCUUCCAUUCAAGGGGGCUUAUCGAAUCUACAAGGCAUGCGGAGGACACAUUUCCAUGGAUGGGUUCCAGGGUCGCAGUAAGGACUUGCAGCAGCAGCUCAAGAUGACCAAUGGACCAGAGAAGCAGAAGCCACAAGGAACCCCAGAGGUGUAAAAGUGUACCAUGUUGAUGAGGACUUUAUAUUGCAAUCUUUCCCUGUAGGAUGUUAGUAAUGAUAUGUAUAGGUUUUUCUUUUUUACUUUUGGAAACAAAAUGAAUAAAUAAAUAAGUAGGAAGUAAUUUAAGCUGUAUCAGCUCUUAUACAGAUUACCUCAAACAUGUUCAUAAUAUCUAGGCUUAGUUGUUUUGACAGACAUAAAAGAAGAUUCAUAUCUCAUUAAAAAAAAUGUAGAUACCUUUUAAUAGAAAUAUAAGAGGAGAUGGAAAUAUUAUUUGUCUUCAAAGUCUUAUUUUUUCGUACUGAAAGGACUGGUUUUUGCUUAGCUCAUGUCCAGUGAGGAUUGGUAGAUUUUUUUCUGAGGUAUCAUGUAAACACUUAAGUUUUUUCCAUUUUGAAUCUGGUGUCCAAUUAGGUGUUUGUUAUCUACCUUGGAUUAUGAUGAUUGUUAUGCAAGAAGUAUCUUAAUGCUAUUUCAGAAAUAUAAGUAGUGAUUCUUUUCUUGGAAUAAUUGUAAUGUAUUCUUCUUUACAUUAAACAUGGAUAGUAAAUAAGCAUGCAGCUACUACAGAUAUCACUGAAUAUAAAAAUCAAGUGCAGGUUAUAGAUAACUUUCUUUAUUUACUUUGUUAUUGUUUUUUUCCAUUUUGAAUCUGGUGUCCAACUAGGUGUUUGUUAUCUACCUUGGAUUAUGAUGAUUGUUAUGCAAGAAGUAUCUUAAUGCUAUUUCAGAAAUAUAAGUAGUGAUUCUUUUCUUGGAAUUAUUGCAAUGUGUUCUUCUUUACAUUAAACAUGAAUAGUAAAUAAGCAUGCAGCUACUACAGAUAUCACUGAAUAUAAAAAUCAAGUGCAGGGUAUAGAUAACUUUCUUUAUUUACUUUGCUAUUGUUUCUUAUCAGGCUUCUUGUUGCAGAAAACAAAAGUACUAUGGAACAAUACAACUCAGUCUUACUCAGUGUAAUAUGCAUAAUCUUAUUGUUAUCAGUUUUGGAAAAUCGUGAAUUUCAGGAAUUCAUGUUUUAAAUUUUGUAAUAUAGAUCUAUAUUACAUCAGCUGUUACAAAUGAAUAUUUUUUUAUCAUCAGGUUAGCUAUAUUUGAAAAAAUAUAUUGAAAAUAAUGUGAGAAGAGUUGUAUUUUUUUCAUCUGUUUUUCCAUAUCACUCCCUUACAUUUAAAUAUUGCAACUAAUAAUAGCAGUAAUACUGAUCACAAUGACAAUAAAAGUAAUAAUUAUUUCCACUAUAUGCCAAAUACAAAGUGUAUAAAAGUAAUGUAAGUUACAAGUGUUUGAAGAAUGCAUGAUAUUGAAAACAAAAUAUAAGUUUGAAACUUAAAACAAAAAAGAAACAGACAAAUGUAUAGAAAAAACAAGGUAAAAGAAAAGGAAGACAAAUAACAUACAUAAAGCACUUUAUGAAGCAAACUACAGUAAAAAAAAAUAUGGAACCAGCAUCUAAUUGGUUAUUAAAUUGACGGAAUGGUUAUCUUCAUUAGUUUGAAUAGCAGUUGCCUCUUUCCAUGAAUGAAUCUUACAUUUGAGUUGCACUUUUCAAUGGUGCUAAUUCUAACACCUACAUAUACUACUUUAUGAUACACAGAGUAUUUAUUGCUGUCUUUAUAAGUACCCCAUAAUGGAGUUCAGUAAAAAAACAAAGGGCUUUAUAUGUCAGACAGUUAAUUUUAUUGAAGGAAAUAAAAUUAAAUUGUCUAGUGGAAGUAUUUCUUCCCAAGUCCCCUUGUUUCUUUCCUUAUGUCAUUUGUAUCAGUGAGCAUUUUGUUGCCUUCACAAAAAUCUGCUAUCGCGCAAAAUGUGAUGAAAUAGUAUUUGGUGGCCCUCUAAGUUAUAUGGUGCUUGCUAGAAAUGUCCUGGCACAUCACUGAAAUGGUCUUUUGUCUGUAGUUAAUUUGACCUUCAUGAAUUGUAAACAAGUAAAACCAUUUGACAUAGAAGCAUACAGAACUGCAUCCAACAUGAAGUAUUUGCUCAGAAUAAAGUGCCAAAGUACAAAGGAAUGCCACUUUAGCAAUUGAAUGAAUAAGAAACCAAGACCUUACAUGACCUGAGUUUUUUUCUAUUAAUAAAUAAUAGCAGAAUAAAUAACUUUGCCUUAGAAAAUUACAGAACUAUGAAUAAAGCAUGCUUCAAGUCAAGCAGUGUUUCGAGUUCUUAGCGUUUUUUAUUGCUACAAGAAAAAAAUCAUAUAACCUAAAAUAUCUGAAUCUGUCACAUUAUGUAAGUGCUUAUAACAUCAUAAGCCAAUCUGAUGAUAGGAUGACCUCAUUAAAGAUAUAUGACUUUGAGUAACAACAGCAAUUUAGAGAUAUAUGUAUAUGUAUGUAUUAAAGGUAAUAUUUCUUGUAAAGAUCAUGCCAAAAGUGUCAUUGGCAUUGAAGAGAAUAUCUAAGUCUUCCAUUUUCAGUGUAGAUUGUCCUAAUAUUUAUUUUUAAGAACCUCUUGACAUCUUUUUUAUAUAUAAAAUGGGGAAAGAAAGUCGCAUUUUUAGAUUAUCAAUAUGUGUGUAUUUACUGUUUAUUAUUGCUAUUAUUAUAGGUAUUAUAUCCUUUAUUCGAAUCAAAGGAAAGGUUAUUAAUGUGGAAAUCUAGCAAAAUAAAUUUUUGUUAUGUAAAUUGUGCUUAAAGUUAAUUUCUAAAAAAAAUCUUUGUGGGUAUUUUAUACAGUAGUCAAUGACAUACCUGCAACGGAGUUUAUUUUACAUCAACAAAAUCCUCUCUUCCGUUUUAUCUGUUACCUCACUGUCUCAUCCUCUGUUUCUUUCUGUCAUAAGAGUGUUUUUACUGAAUUUUACUGUGCAUUAUUCUCUAUAUGAUUUGUGUGGUACUCUGCAUUAUUCUAUAUGUAAUAUGUAGCAAAAUAUCAAAAUGUAAUAUUUUUGCCUUUGUACAAUAUUUGUCUCUAUAGUGUGUAGCUUUUACCAAAAUGUUACAUUCAGUAUUUCAAGCACAUUAAAAAAUAUAUAUAUUACAGGACUGUGCUGUAAGAGUUAUGUGUGCAAAAUAAAAGAAGUAUAUUUGAA